AGCUGGCCAAGUGAGUGUGGCGCAGGGCAGCCCUCUGCUCUUGCCAGCUGCUCUGCACACACAGAACCCCGAUGUGGGCUCCGGGUUGCGGGGUGCUGGCCAGCAAGACCCCCGCGUUUCCCGCGGACACCGUGACAUCCCAAACUAGGGGUGGGGGCAGGUGCUGGACACUUAGAGCAGUGGGCGAAGGCCGACCAUGCAUCUACUUGCCCUGCAGGGAGAUCGGGAGCACCAACCGCGCCCUGCUACCCUGGCUGCUGGAGCAGAGGCACAAGCACAAUAAGGCCUGCUGUCCACUGGAGGGGGUCAGGCCAUCACCCCAGCAGACCGAGUAUCGCAAUAAGUGUGAGUUUCUGGUCGGCAUUGGGGUGGAUGGGGAGGACAACACCGUGGGCUGCCGACUCGGCAAGUACAAGGGCGGCACGUGUGCCGUGGCACCACCCUUCGACACAGUGCACAUCCCUGAAGCCACCAAGCGGGUAGUGAAGGCCUUCCAGGAGUUCAUCCGAUCCACCCCGUACUCGGCUUAUGACCCAGAGACGUAUGGGGGCCACUGGAGGCAACUGACCGUGCGCACCAGCCGCCGUGGCCAGGCCAUGGCCAUCGUCUACUUCCACCCCCAGAAGCUGAGCCCCGAGGAGCUGACAGAGCUAAAAGCCUCCCUAGCACGGCACUUUGUGGCAGGGCCAGGCAGGGCCAGUGGGGUGACCUGCCUCUACUUCGUGGAGGAGGGACAGCGAAAGACCCCUAGCCAGGAGGGCCUGCCCCUAGAGCAUGUGGCUGGGGACCAGUGUAUCCAUGAGGACCUGCUCGGACUGACCUUCCGGAUCUCUCCUCACGCCUUCUUCCAGGUGAACACACCUGCUGCCGAGGUGCUCUACACAGUCAUCCAGGACUGGGCGCAGUUGGACACAGGGAGCACAGUGCUGGAUGUGUGCUGCGGCACUGGCACCAUCGGCCUGGCUCUGGCCCGGAAGGUGAAGAGAGUCAUUGGGGUUGAGCUGUGCCUGGAGGCCGUGGAGGAUGCCCAGGUGAACGCCAGAAACAAUGACCUGAGCAACGCUGAGUUCCACUGUGGGAGGGCUGAGGACCUGGUGCCUACCCUGGUGAGCAGACUGGCCUCCCAGCACCUUGUGGGCAUCUUGGACCCACCCCGCGCUGGCCUGCAUUCCAAGGUGAUCCUGGCCAUCCGCAGAGCUGAGAACCUCAAGCGGCUACUGUACGUCUCGUGCAACCCCAGAGCGGCCAUGAGCAACUUUGUGGACCUCUGCAGAGCCCCAUCCAACCGGGUGAAGGGCACCCCCUUCCGGCCAGUCAAGGCCAUGGCUGUGGACCUGUUCCCGCAGACACCACACUGUGAGAUGCUCCUCCUGUUUGAGAGAAUAGAGCACCCCAAUGGCAUGGGGAGCCUGGAGCCCCAUGGGCCCCCAGAUGACAACACACAGGAACCCAGGGUCUAGGAGAAGCCAGCAUCGGAUGGAAGCCAUGGGGCACCCAGCCCUACUACAUAUACCCCAGGAUGCUCAGAGGCAGGCAGCCAAGGGGCACAGGACCCAGUGACCCCACUAGGACCAGUCUACUGCUGGGGCAGACUCUGACAAGGAAGGUGGGUGGGCUCCUGUGGCCUGUUCUCCAACCCCAGGUCCUUGUGGACCAGCUAGGCCAUGAGGGCCGCAAUAAAUAGCUGCUGAACUAUG